AUGGCUUUUGCAAACCCUCAAAGUCAAAGAGCGUCUUCUUCUUCAUCUUCUAUUUCUACUGGUGGAUGGAAUUACGAUGUUUUCUUGAGCUUUAUGGGUGAAGAUACCCGCCAUAAUUUUACAGAUCAUCUCUACAGAGCUUUGAAUCGGAAAGGGAUUCGUACCUUUAGAGAUGCUGAAGAGCUACGAAAAGGAGAAGAGAUUGCACCAGAACUUUUAAAAGCUAUUGAAAAGUCAAGGAUUUGUCUCAUAAUUCUCUCGAAAAACUAUGCCCGUUCUAGGUGGUGCCUGGAAGAACUGGUAAAGAUCAUGGAGCGGCGACAGUCUAUGGGACAAUUAGUUUUUCCGAUUUUCUACCACGUGGACCCAUCCGAUGUGCGAAGACAGACUGGGAGUUAUGAACAAGCAUUUGAAAGGCAUGAAAGAAACCCAGACCAGAUACAGAGGUGGAGGGGAGCGUUGACGGUGGUGGCCAAUAUUAAUGGAUGGUAUUUACAGGAUGGGUCUGAGGCACUUGUUAUCGAGGAGAUUACUUCCACUAUUUGCAGGAGUUUAAACCGGGAGCUGUUACAUGUUGAAAAGAACCUCGUGGGCAUGGAUUGUCCUAGGGCGUCCUCUUCUUCUUCUUGUACUUCUAUUGGUCCAUGGGAUUAUGAAGUUUUCUUGAGCUUUAAGGGUAAAGAUACCAGCCACAACUUCACGGAUAAUCUCUAUAUCUCAAGGUUGGUUCUUGUAAUUCUCUCGCACAACUAUGCUCGUUCCAACUGGUGUUUGGAAGAACUGGUGAGGAUAAUGGAGUGCAGGGAAGAAAUGGGAAAGAUAGUUUUUCCAGUUUUCUAUCAUGUGGAUCCUUCCCAUGUGCGAAAUCAGAAGGGCAGCUAUGGAGAAGCAUUCGCUUAUCAUGAAAGAAAUGGGUUUGGCCACCAGACACAGAGGUGGAGGGCAGCUUUGAGGGAAGUGGGCAGUCUUUCUGGAUGGCAUGUACAUGAUUGGUCUGAGGCAGAUUAUAUUGAGGAUAUUACUCAUGUUAUUUUGAUGAGAUUUAGUCAAAAAAUCUUACAUGUUGAUAAGAAGCUCAUCGGGAUGGAUUAUCGUUUAGACCAAUUGGAAGAAAAUUUUCCUCAGAUUAUAGACCUAUUAUCAAAUGAUGUUCGCAUGGUUGGGAUUUAUGGAUUCGGAGGAAUUGGUAAGACAACCAUUGCCAAAGUCUUAUAUAACCAAAUUUCCGCUCAAUUCAUGAUUGCUAGCUUUAUUGCUAAUGUCAGAGAGGACUCCAAAAGUCGAGGUCUACUUCAUUUACAAAAGCAACUCCUUCAAGAUAUUUUUCCAAGAAGGAAGAACUUUAUAAGCAACGUUGAUGAAGGGAUCCAUAUGAUAAAAGAUAGAUUAUGCUUUAAAAAGGUCCUCCUUGUGCUUGAUGAUGUUGAUGAUUUGAAUCAACUGGAAGCCUUAGCUGGUGAUCAUAAUUGGUUUGGUUUAGGAAGUAGAAUUAUUGUAACAACCAGAGAUAAGCAUUUGUUGGAGGUGCAUGAAAUGGAUGCAUUAUAUGAGGCUAAGAAAUUAGAUCACAAGGAAGCUGUUGAACUCUUUAGUUGGAAUGCGUUUAAACAGAACCAUCCCAAAGAAGAUUAUGAAAUAGUUACAAACUCUGUGGUACAUUAUGUUAAUGGUCUUCCGUUAGGUCUUAAAGUUUUGGGUUCUUUCCUAUAUGGCAAGACAAUACAACAAUGGAAAAGUGAAUUGCAUAAACUAGAACGGGAACCUAACCGAGAAAUUCAAUGUGUGCUUAUGAGAAGUUAUGAUGAAUUAGAUCGCACACAAAAGCAAAUAUUCCUAGAUGUUGCUUGCUUCUUUAAUGGAGAGGAUAAAGAUUUUGUUACAAGAAUCCUAGAUGCUUGCAACUUCUUUGCAGAGAGUGGACUACGAGUCCUUGGUGAUAAGUGCCUCAUAAGUAUUAUAGACAACAACAUAUGGAUGCAUGAUUUGUUACGACAUAUGGGACGUGGCAUUGUUGGACAAAAAUUUCCUGAAGACCCUGGAAAAUGGAGCAGAUUGUGUUAUCCUGAGGUUGUAAGUCGUGUGUUGACAAGAAAAAUGGGAACAAAGGCAAUUAAAGGGAUACUCUUCAACUUGUCUAUACCAAAGCCGAUACACAUUACUACUGAAUCCUUGGAGAUGAUGAAGAAUCUUAGGUUGCUCAAAAUCUAUUUGGAUCAUGAAUCUUUUUCUACAAGGGAGGAUAAUAAAGUAAAGUUGUCCAAAGACUUUGAAUUUCCUUCUUUAGAGCUAAGAUAUCUCUAUUGGCAAGGAUAUCCUUUGGAAUCUUUGCCAUCAAGUUUUUUUGUGGAGGACCUUGUAGAACUUGAUAUGCGUUAUAGCAGCUUAACACAACUUUGGGAAAAUGACAUGCUUCUUGAAAAGUUAAAUACUAUCAGACUGAGUUGCUCUCAACACCUCAUUGAAAUUCCAGACAUCUCAAUUUGUGCACCCAAUCUAGAGAAACUAAUUCUUGAUGGUUGUUCAAGUUUGCUUAUACUUCACCCGUCUAUUGGAAAGUUGAGCAAGCUUAUUUUAUUGAAUUUGAAAAACUGCAAAAAGCUUAGCAGUUUUCCUAGCAUCAUCGACAUGAAAGCGCUUGAAAUUCUUAAUUUCUCUGGCUGCUCAGGGCUUAAGAAGUUUCCAGAUAUUCGAGGUAACAUGGACCAUUUAUUGGAGCUUCAUUUGGCUUCAACUGCUAUCGAGGAACUUCCCUCCUCAAUUGGGCAUAUCACUAGACUUGUUUUAUUGGAUCUGAAAAGGUGCAAAAAUCUUAAGAGUCUUCCCACGAGUAUUUGUAGGUUGAAAUCCCUUGAAUAUCUGUUUCUUUCUGGCUGUUCAAAACUAGAGAAUUUUCCAGAAGUAAUGGUGGAUAUGGAAAACUUGAAAGAGCUUCUUUUAGAUGGAACAUCUAUAGAAGGGCUACCCUCAUCAAUUGACCGUCUAAAAGGCCUCGUUUUAUUGAAUAUGAGGAAAUGCCAAAACCUUGUGAGUCUUCCAAAAGGCAUGUGUAAAUUGACAUCUCUUGAAACACUCAUUGUCUCUGGUUGUUCACAAUUGAACAAUUUGCCGAGGAACCUCGGGAGCCUGCAACGUCUAGCACAGCUCCAUGCAGAUGGAACUGCUAUAACUCAACCACCUGAGUCAAUUGUUCUCUUGAGAAACCUCCAAGUAUUGAUCUAUCCUGGAUGUAAAAUAUUAGCACCUACCUCUUUGGGGUCACUCUUUUCAUUCUGGUUAAUGCAUAGAAACAGUUCAAAUGGGGUCGGUUUGCGCUUGCCUUCUAGUUUUUUUAGUUUCAGGUCCUUCACAAAUUUAGAUCUAAGUGACCUCAAACUAAUAGAAGGAGCAAUCCCCAAUGAUAUUUGCUCCUUAAUCUCAUUGAAGAAAUUAGAUCUAAGCAGAAAUAAUUUUCUAAGUAUACCUGCUGGCAUCAGUCAACUUACAAAUCUAAAAGACCUCAGAUUGGGGCAUUGCCAGAGUCUCAUAAUAAUUCCAGAGCUUCCACCAAGUAUCCGAGACGUAGAUGCACACAAUUGCACUGCCCUUUUUCCAACCUCAUCCAGUGUAUGCACAUUGCAGGGGUUACAGUUCCUAUUCUAUAAUUGUUCCAAACCAGUUGAGGACCAAUCCAGUGAUCAAAAGAGAAAUGCAUUACAAAGAUUUCCACAUAAUGACGCGUCUUCCUCUGCUUCUGUUUCCUCUGUAACUACCUCACCUGUUGUGAGGCAGAAAUUGCUUGAAAAUAUUGCAUUUAGUAUUGUUUUUCCUGGCAGUGGAAUUCCCGAGUGGAUCUGGCAUCAGAAUGUGGGAUCGUUUAUAAAAAUAGAGCUGCCUACAGAUUGGUACAAUGAUGACUUCUUAGGAUUUGUUCUCUGCUCUAUUCUUGAACAUCUCCCUGAGAGAAUUAUAUGUCGAUUGAAUUCUGAUGUUUUUUAUUAUGGAGACUUCAAAGACAUUGGUCAUGAUUUCCAUUGGAAAGGAGACAUUCUUGGGUCAGAACACGUCUGGUUGGGUUAUCAACCAUGUUCCCAGUUGAGGUUGUUUCAAUUCAAUGACCCCAAUGACUGGAAUUACAUUGAGAUUUCUUUUGAAGCAGCCCACAGAUUCAACUCAAGUGCAUCCAAUGUGGUGAAGAAGUGUGGGGUAUGUCUUAUAUAUGCAGAAGAUCUUGAAGGAAUCCAUCUACAAAAUAGAAAACAACUUAAGAGUAGGGGAUGUAAUGUAGUCGAGAGAAGCAGUGACAGAGAUGGACUCCACGGAAGUGGAAUGGACUCUAGUUCUAGUGGUAGCAGUCAGGGGGCCUCUAACAGUCCCACGCUCAAGCUCAAGCGCAAACGCCCUCAAGAAUGACUACCAUCAUCCAGGCGCUUUCUUCCAAUAAAAACCUCUCUGUUGAUUUGGUCAUGCAUGCUUGAAAUCAAUGAUGA